AUGCACAAGAUAUUACAUCCUAAAGCAGAUGCGGAAAGGCUGUACAUCUCAGGAAAAGAUGGAGGACGGGGCCUGAUUGAUAUAGAAGCAGCAUUAAAAUCAGUUACAAUAGGGCUCAAUCAUUACCUGAGGCACAAAGAAUGGCAAUAUCCAAAGCAGGUGCUUGGACAUGAAAGAUAUAAAGCCAAAAAUUCAAUAGCAAGGAAUGCUACUAAUUUCAAAAGGGAAAUAACUGCCAGAGUUUGAGAACAGAGGAGAAAAAUCAACCUCGGAAAAUGCUAAGGCCCUAAAACACAUACUCAAGUCUAAGAUGAAAUCCAUAAACGAAGAAAAGUGGAAAUCAAAACAUUGCAUGGCCAGUAUCCCAGGAUUCUAG